GGAGCGAGGGAGGCGCGGCCGGGCUGGGGAGUCGCGCGCACACUCUGCUCCGGGGGACAGACGUUUAACUCUUGCCAAGUCUCGCCGCCUCUGCGGCUCGCGGGCCCUUGGGCUUUUUCCCCCUCUGAAGCAUGAGCCUUUCCUCCCGCAGCCGCCAACGCUGCGCGGGUCGCGGACAGUGCGCGCCGGGGCUCCAGGCGCGCGGCCUCCAGAUCUCUUGCGCCCGGAGCCCGGAAGCUUGCGGCAGGCGAUCUGUGGGUGACUGUGCCUGCGAGAGACUUUGCCAUACCAUUCUGCCGGAAUUUGAAGAGAAAGAACCAGCCGCUUCCAGUCCCCUCCCCCUCCGCCACCAUUUCGGACACCCCGCACAGUCUCCUUUUGGGGUACCCUGUGACUUCCAGGCAGCACGCGAGGUCCACUGGCCCCGACUCGGGCGACCACCUGUCUCAGACGUGUUGACUCAUCUCCCAUGACCCUGCGGUGCCUGGAACCCUCCGGGAAUGGAGCGGACAGGACGCGGAGCCAGUGGGGGACCUCGGGGUCGCCGGAGGAACAGUCCCCCGAGGCGGCGCGUCUGGCGAAGGCCCUGCGCGAGCUCAGUCAAACAGGAUGGUACUGGGGAAGUAUGACUGUUAAUGAAGCCAAAGAGAAAUUAAAAGAGGCACCAGAAGGAACUUUCUUGAUUAGAGAUAGUUCGCAUUCAGACUACCUACUAACUAUAUCUGUUAAGACGUCAGCUGGACCGACUAACCUGCGGAUUGAGUACCAAGACGGGAAAUUCAGAUUGGAUUCUAUCAUAUGUGUCAAGUCCAAGCUUAAACAGUUUGACAGUGUGGUUCACCUGAUUGACUACUAUGUUCAGAUGUGCAAGGAUAAACGGACAGGCCCAGAGGCCCCCCGGAAUGGGACUGUUCACCUGUACCUGACCAAACCUCUGUAUACAUCAGCACCAACUCUGCAGCAUUUCUGUCGACUCGCCAUUAACAAAUGUACUGGUACAGUCUGGGGACUGCCUUUACCAACAAGACUAAAAGAUUACUUGGAAGAAUAUAAAUUCCAGGUAUAAGUAUUUCUCUCUCUUUUUUUAAACACAUGCCUCAUAUAGAAUAUCUCCGAAUGCAGCUAUGGAAAGAGAACUCAGAGGCCCUCCUCUGGAAAGCUGCGUAGAAUUCUUUCUCAUGGACAGUUGAGCUCAGUCUAAUUUAAAGGUGUGAAGAUGUAGCUAGGUAUUUUAAAGUUCCCCUUAUGUAGUUUCAGCUGAAUGAUGCUUUCUUUCCUAUGGCUGAUCAAGACCAAAUGGCCCUUUUUAAAUGAAAAGAAAAAAAAAUGUCCCAAGGAAAGGCAAGAGAAUAUUCCUGUCAGAAUGACUUGCCUUUUUUUGGGGGUCCCUAUGCACUGGGUCAAAAGUCCAAGCACCAUAGGAGAGAAAGACUUCCAUGUGGCUAGCUGAAGGAGGAAAAGACCCUGGCUGACCCAGGCUUCAGCUCCACUUCUAGAUGCCUGGUGAUCAGUCUGUGUUAGAACAUGUUAUAGUUUGCAUCCUGACGUAUCUAGUAGGAGUUCCGUUUAAGCUGCUUGUAUUUAUCCCUCAUUUUAUGCAACUAAUCAAAUCAACCAAAAAAAAAAAAAAAAAGAUUGUCACCGUGAGAGCCUGUAUCUGUCUUUUUUACUACACGUAUGAACUUCCCCUGUGAAUGAGUACUGUAGCAAUCCAUUUCAAGGCAGCCUUACUUCAGAAACAUUUCAAACUGGUGCAAACAGAAAAGACUUCUCUCUUUUCUUAAGGCUAAAGACAAGAAUGUCACGCUACACAGGUGCAACUCAAUCCUCGAAAAAAAAAAAAAAAAAAACCAAUGCAGACAGAGACGUUUUCCCCCUUGACGUAGCUGUGAGUCCUAACCUAUUGCCACUGAAUUUUUUUUGGAAAUGGCUUUAGAACUUUUCAAGUUGCCCCUGAAUUGUCUGACCAUGGCCAUCAACAGCCGCCUCCCUUCUACCAUGUAGAAUACUAUGACUUACUUUUCUUCCAGAUAUAGGGGGGGGUACCUGCCUGUUUUUCAAAGUGUUUAUUUACUGCUGUUACUAUUUGAUUAGAAUGUAUUAAAUAAAAACAAACCUGACUUUUA